AUGCGAUACUGCCAAUACAAGGCCUACUUCCUGGAUUUCCUGCCAGAAAACCCCACGGCCCCUGACACCGCCGCCAAGCUACUGUCAGGGCAGUCCGUGAAGGGCGUCGCGCGCUGCCGGCAGCUGCCGGGGCGCGGCCCCUCUGCCACGCGGCUGCCGCUCGGCAGCGAGGCCAAGUUGGUGGGGGAGCUCUCCCGCUGCGACGCCAUCGCCGUCGCCACUGCCUUCACUGAGGAAUGGGCAGCCAAGGACUCGGAGCUGUCGCUCGGCUGGCGCAACUGCCGCCACCACACGGAGGAGCUGGUGGCGGCCCUGCUGGCCGCAGAACAGGCAGCGGCAGCCGAGCAGGCGGCGCAAGCAGGGCGGGAUGCACCUUGA